AUGUCAUCUUCAGAUGCUGGCAUCCAGGUGACGGUCACCCCGGCACAAUCCGCUUUCUUUGCCGGAGAGACCUUCACCGUCUCCGUCACGUUUACCAAUGCCCACCGAGCGGCCCCACCACGAUCUCAACCCCGCUCGGCUUCCGCCGCACAGACCCACAGGCGUGGAGUGCAAUCCGUCAGCUCCGUGCCCCUUGCAAGACCCCCAACGUCGCCUGGCAGCCCACAGACGGCGAACGCAUUGACAGCCGGUUUCCUCGCACUAGAAGAUACACCCCAAAGAAAACGACGGGGACUGGUUGGUCACGAAGGGCUGCAGAAUCCUCGCGUUUUUGCAGUGGCCACGGAAAGUUCUGCGAGAAGAAGAAGAUUCACCCCAAAAUCCCUCUCAGUCUCUAUUACCGCCAACGAACUUGUGGAGCGAUUGGUUGGAAGGACCGGAAAUUCAACGCCUUCAUCUCCAGAGUGUGAAGCGGGCGGUGCAGCUUCUUUGCGUGGGUCUAAUGCGCCGUUCGCAAGCCACAACCUGUCGUCGCGGGCGAGAAAUGCCGCAUUGCCAAUUCAUCCCGCUCACCCCCACGCCCGUAAGCAAUCAGUACAGGAUUUUCAAGCACAGGAGGUUUCAACUCCUUUCUCCUUGUCUCUUGAUCCGAUCGCUGAACACUCGGCGGCCACCCCCCCAACACCAUUUGCGCCGUCCCCUCUUCCUCCUACCAUUCCUGUGCUGGACAACAACGUACAUCAGCAGCGCGACGCAUUCACAGCCCGUCAAAUUCGACCCAAUGCUCGCCUGGGCCAAUCUAAGAGAAGCGGACUCGCCAACGCAACCACAGACCUUGGUCUUGGAAAACCUAGUAGCAUCGAUAUUUCAGGCGGCCAUCAGCCUCGCUCUGCCUUCUCAAGUACAUUUUCACCUCCCGGAACGGAAGUUCUAUUAUGGGCAUAUGUCCAGCUGAUUGGGAGGAUAGAACUGGACGAGGGUGUCGUCCCCUUUCACAUUGUGGACAAGCUGAAAGAUGGCUUAUCAGCUAAUUCGGCGGUCGGUCGUGGAAGUAUGGAUAUUGGAAGCUCGCAUUCACCCUCAACAAGCUUUCUUACGUCAGUACUGUUACAGAAAACACCCCGAUCCCCCUUCAUGCGCCACCAACGGGCGUCGCCUUCCCUAUUUUCUUCGCUGCCUUCAUUUGGACUAUCUUCGUUAUUUAGUCCAUCACGGUCAUCGCCCUUCAGUUCCCCUAGUGUCAACCGGGAUGAAGAAGAUGCUUUGCCCACCCUGGACCUUCAACCUAGUGUGCUAGCUGUCGACCUCGUUCUAUCACCCGGAGAGAGUCGAACCUACACAUAUACGCUUGCAUUGCCACCGUCGUUGCCACCUACAUUUCGCGGGAAAGCUGUGCGAUUUAACUAUGAGUUGCUCGUAGGAACCUGUCACACUGCCAGCAUGACUGCGGGUAUAUCACUGCCUUCCCCUGGAAUCUUCGAGGAGCACAGAAAGAAGAAGGUGAUGAAGAUCCCCGUUCGCGUGUACAACUUCGUAUCAGUAGAGAAUCCCCAACUGUGUUAUGACCUUAUGUGGUCUUCGCACGCAGACAAAUCGAUACGGCAAGGCAGAGUAGAUGAACAUGUUCCAAAUAUGAAGAAGACCAGAGACAUGCGGCAUUCUUCAGAAUGUAAGACCCCUGCGUCAGUCGUCGCAAAACAGCUCGUAGACGAGAUGACGAGAAGCGACCGCCUUCAUUUUGCACCAGAGGAAGAAGAACUUUGGAGCUGCAGGGAAGCUGUUGAGAUUCUGACCAGAAACUCUCGGAAAGUCUCUUAUGAUAUUGGGAAGGACGGCGAGCAGGUUGCUGUUUUAACGUUGGUCAAGUCGUCGUAUCGGGUGGGAGAAACAAUUUCCGGUGUAGUCGAAUUCAACAACUCAUCACGCGCACGUGUUCUCAAGUUCUCGGCUUUUCUGGAAGCACACGAGCAACUUCCAACAGCCUUUGUCAACGCUAGGCAUCUUGAUUUGCGUCGCGUGCACGCCGAAUACCAUUCCACUCUCACAACAAAUACUGCACAACUACCGUUCUCCCUAGAUGUGCCUUCCGAUGCCUCGCCAGCUUUCAGGUUCGCUGCCGUAGACUUCAGCGAGGGCGAGGGCGGGCUGCGAUGGCGAGUCAGAGUCUGUUUUCUCGUGGUAAUUGCAGCCGGUCUGUCCCGACAUCUAGUGCCCGAAGGCUACGAGGACGACUGGGGGACGGCAUGGAGAGCAUCUUCAACUCUCACACCUCUGGCUAGUAGAGGCAUGCCGUCACCAUCUUCCAUGACCUCCACACCUCUUCCCGGUAGCUGGAACUCAUCUGCUGGAAGCCCGUCAAGUGGAGGGGAGGCACGUAAUGGAGGGUCUGUCGAUUGGCAAGAAGUCAAGGCAGAAACUGUCGAGUGUGACAUACCCCUUGCAAUUUGGCCAGGCAAUACCUUAUUCCGACCCGUCGAAACUAUUUUUGCAGCGUGAUAAAUGUCGCUUUCCACACGGUGAUUUCCAGUCUGCUAGGAAUACAACUGGACGGCGGAAAUACAUACCCCUCGUCGGAAUGGGACAGUCAGGGGAACAAACCCUCAAUACGUACACGACUGUGCACAUUAACGAGAACGGUGGAUCACGGUCCAUCAUUCCUGCGAUUCGGAGACCUCAAAGCAUGUUCUGAUGGUCGAUGCGAACAAAAUAUUGCCAGUGUACAGAAAUUUUGGAGCUUAUGUUUACCGGAGUUCUUAUGUUGG